GCCCGUUUCGAUUUGGAUUGGCUGCCUCAGCGGCCAGCGCCAACAACAACAUUAAUAUUAUAUAUAUACCGUUUGCCUAUUAUGUACGAGGCUAAAGUCGUUAAACAAGAUUUAUGUAUUUUUUCUCUAUAGUGACUAAUAAACAAUUGUCACUUACUCGAGUUUGAAUGGAAACUACGAAGUAACCAACUAGUCUUGUUAUUCCUGUAGAGGCUGUAGCACUGCUCUCAAAAAAUUUAUGUUCUCAUAGGCUAAAUUCCUCAAUCGCAGUUAUCGCACACGCACAGCCCACCGUCAAUGAUCAUAAUGGAUCAAAACGUUUCAAGCUAUUCUCGAUCCAGUGAAAGAGGCUGGAAUGAUCCUCCUCCAGCUUCCACAGGAAGAGAACGCCUAGAUCGUUCCAAUAUUGAUGCUACCCGUAAGCGCCUAAACAAGAGGGUUGCCAUACCAAUGUCUACUGGAAUUACUCCUGUUUCUGUAGCCUCAAUGAACAGUUAUUCAUCACAAGGGCCUCCUAAAGCUGGAGCAUUUUCUCUCAACCCAAGUCCUGCUGGCCAGUCACUCCCUGUAGGGACUUCUGCUGCCUCUUCAUUGUCCCUGGCUACAGAGAGAAUUUCAUCACCUGAAGCCUUCUCAAAUGGAGUGCCACCAUUGCCUCAUAAUAUACAAUCAUGAUAAUUGACUGACUGCAUUAUUUCAAAUCUUGUGACUGCAGGUUUUGAAUUUUGGAUGCAUGAGACUUUACAUCCACUGUUAACAUUUUCAUAAAUUUCAAAUGUACAGUACUGCUCAGUUAUUGAUUCUUAUUAUUUUGAAUUUUCCAAUUUCUAUUUACAUUCUAUAAUACUAAGGAGUUCUAAGACAUUAGUUUCAUUUCUCACUCGUGUAAACUCCAACCAGCAAUAGAUUUUGAACAUGUUUUGCUGAUAACUCCAACUUGAAUUACUAUUGUGUCUUUGUCAAUAGAAUAGGUACUAUUAAUGAUUGUUGCUGUUUGCAUAGUUGUUGUCUGUAGUUCUCGUUUUUACAUGCCAAAUCACGCUUAUUCAUACCAGUUAUUCCUGAGUGUCACAUGCAAUUUUUGUAAUUUUUACAUUCUAACAUAGUUUCUAACUAUUGGUCUUGCACCAAAUUUUCAUGGCUCGAUAAUGAUAAGAAUUUGAAUGUUAUGCAUGCAAAUGAUACCGUACCGUACCUUCAAAAUACUGUUAUGAGCUGAAUAAAAUCUGUUGAUAUUCA